UAUCAAAACCGGAGUAACACGGUGAGUAAAACCAAGAAACAGAGCGAUUGAUCAUCGUUUCGUGCACUUUCAGUGUUAGUGCUCUUGCUCACGACAGUACAAACUAAUCGUCGUCGACACCGACCCAUAGAACUGGAUCUCCGGGACCACCUAGGGCGUUGCCAACUGAUAUCCCGAAUAUGGCGACAAUGUUCAAGAAGGCAGGAUAUCCUAGAGUCGAAUGGCACGGAAAAUGGCACGUGGGGAAAACACCCUCUGAUUAUGGCUUUGAAGGAUGGCAACCUCCAGAUGCAGGAAAUUAUUUGGCUGUGAACGACACAUUGGGUGGAGGAACUCCUGACAAUGACGGUCGUUUCUUAAAAGACCUGUGCAACACUUUAGAACAAUAUCACGACGAUAAUCAACGGAAAGGAAACAAUGAAGGACAGAAUGAACCCGAGCCCUUUUGUAUCGUUGCGAGCUUUGUGAAUCCCCAUGAUGUUUAUGUAGCACAGCACGGCCCGGCGAAGGGAUACACAAGGGCAGACUAUAAGAAAAUAGAAGUUCCACUUCCUCCAAAUUUGAUGGAAGACCCAGACAAAAAUAACAAACCGCGAUCACAGGCGCAAAUGUCUAUGCGAUACGUUGAAUUCAAGAGUUCCCAUCAGGAAUAUGUGAAUUUUUAUGCACACCUUCACACCGUGGUGGACGCCCAGAUCGGAAAAUUGCUGGAUCAGUUAGAUAGACUUGGCUUCACCGACUCGACGCUCAUAUUACGAACAGCAGAUCACGGCGAACAAGGGCUAAGCCAUUCUUUGGUGGAAAAGUUUUACAACUGCUAUCAAGAGAGUCUUCAUAUUCCAUUGGUUGUAAGCAAUCCUAUUGCCUUCCCCGAGCCACAGACAACGGAUGCUCUCUCGUCGCACUUGGAUAUUGUACCGACAUUGGCUGGUCUUUUGUGCCACAAGAAAUUGGAGUCCUACAAGGGGAAGGACCUCACACCGGUUCUCGAAAAUCCGCAGAUGACAACGACGAUUGCCGGAAAGAACGAGACACAGGAAACGAUAGUUGGCGUACAAUCUAGAAUCCAUUUUACGUACGAUGAUAUUCCUUGUCCAGGAGCUCCGAGUAAGAUUCGUUGCGUUCACAAGGGACACAUGAAAUAUGCUGUAUACUUUGAACCACUUGGAAGAGAUGCCGACUGGGAACUCUAUGAUCUUACAGUUGAUCCUCUAGAAAACACAAAUCUAGCAGGGAAUCCCGAAUACGAUCAGACACAGAAAGAAAUGGAGAAAGAACUCUACGAGGUCAUGGUGGAGAUGGAAACCUUGCCAAAAGAAUUCCAGUGGCCCCCGAAGGCCACUCCACAUAGUAAGGGUUUUAAUCAUCCACAAAGGGAAGAAAUUGAAGAAUCUGUCAACGAAGAUCACAAUGACGGUAAAGAGGAAAAAUCGACUCUAGGCUCAUAUACUUUUUCCGACGAGGGGGAACUAGUCAGAAUAUUUCUAAACGUUCAAGACGUCCGAGCUA